AGGUUAGUGACGUCACGACACAACAAAAUGGCGCUAUAUUUGUCAGCUCCGUUUGGAGGAUGAAAAUAUUUUACAUGAAAUUAAGACUAAAACAGAUGGAUACUUUAAUUGGACGGAAUGGCGGAACCUAAGAGAUUGUCUUUUACGACUGUUACUCAAGCAAAGGAGGAUAGAUCAAAGGAGAAAGACCCCAAAACUGUGCGGCUAGAAUUGACCCUCAAGCCAUCGACUGAUACAACAUGUCCAGAGUUUUUCUACACUGUUCUUGUGAAGAACGAAUUGGGCGAAACUAAACCACCAAACGGAGGAGUCCCAGAUCCCGACGAUCCGUUUGGAGAUGACGAAGACCACGAAAAACUGGCAGCUUUGGCAAAGAGUUUUGAAGAAAAAUAUGCCCCAAAGCCAGGCAAGAAGGGCAAAAUGCGAGCGGGUCGAAUCACUGACCUUGUGGAUCUGGGCGAUGGAUAUGACCAGGACGAUCCAUUUAUUGACAACUCAGAAGCGUAUGAUGAAGUUGUGCCAUUGUGCCUGACCACCAAACUCGGGGGAUUUUACAUCAACUCAGGGAAAUUGGACUUCAAAGAUGUGUCAGAUGACUCAGGCGAUGAAUUUAUUUUCCUUAAAAAGAAAAAGAAGAAGAGGGUGAUAGCAUCUGAUUCCGAGUCAGAUGAUGAGGAACACAGAAAGAAGAAGAAGAGGAAAUUAAAGACUGGAGAUACAACACAAGAGAAGAUGAUCAAUGGAGAAUCAGAAAAGUCAUUCAAGAAACCAAAGAUGCCUACAGACAAGGAUAAACAACUGCAAAAAAAGAAGAAGAUAACACCGACAGUAGCUGAACUACUGAAGCAGCAUGGAGAUACCUCAGUUAGCCAGACCAAUGGUAUUACUCAAGACCUUGACCUCAUUAGUCCCUCGUCCAAUGACGAUUCUUCUCAGGACGCCCAGAAUCAUUAUGAGAGAAUAGAUGCUGUUAUUGACUCUGUCAUUGCCAUGGCAGACUCAGAUAGGAACAUAGAGUCUAUGAUAGAUAAUCCCCUUGGGUUCAAAGACGACUCCAACAGCAAAGAUUAUAAAGUCUGUGAUGAGGCGUCUGCCCCGAAACUCCCCCCAAAUAUGCCUAAAGAAUUAGAGGAAACAAUAAAGAAACUGAAGAAGGCAGCUAAAACUUCACGAGAUGGGAAAUGCAAAUUCUUUACAAUGGAAGUGAAUAGUAUGCUUUUAGAUGUGGAGACAGGUGCACGGCGCUGGGCAAGCUGUGGUCAGAGGUCCAGCAUAUUCAGCCAUCUGGCUGCUUUCCUCCCUUGCUCAAAAGAUACUCUGCUGAAACGAGCCAAAAAACUGCAGCAGUCCCAGCAGGAUGAUCAACUCAAGGAACCAGUCCAGAAACUCAGAGAAGCAAUAAAUGGAAUGAUGCCCACUCUACAGGCAAGACACGAACAAGAAUACCAAGCCUUUUUACAAAAGCAAAAGGAGGUGAAGGAAACGAAAGAAGACCAGGCCCCGAAGGAGGGCAUGAAUGACACGGAAGACAGCGAAGAGGAGAAAACAACAGAGGGCGGCAAGAGAGGGGCUCCCAAGGGGCCCAGGAGGAAAUUCAUUUGGACGGAGAGUAUCAGGUCAUUAUUAUGUGAUAUAGUUCGCAUAAAGAUGAAGAAUUUUGACUUGACGAAAACAAAGACUCAAUCUGCAGAGGAGUAUCUGAAGCAGUUCUUGGACAAGGAUAUUAAACCACUGUGGCCUAAAGGCUGGAUGCAGACUAGAAAUCUGAUUAAAGAGAGCAGAUCGGUCCACUCACAGUGGACAAAUGUACAAAAGAUGAAAAAACCUACAAACCUAAUAGUCAACAAAAGUACUACUCCCACACAAAAUCCACAGACAGCCUCAACUACACCCAAGUUUGUGCCCGGAUCCUCUCCACUGCGUCCUCCAGUGGAAGAGAGUGCAAAUAAAGAGAGGACUGAAGCAGCUAGUCAACCAGUGAAGCCAGACCAUAGUUAUGCAGAAAAACAACCCUCUAAGCCCAGUGUUUCUCCACAGUCAGGGUCUGUAUCAAAACUUGGAGAAGUGAAAGUAACAUCUGAUGCAGUGGGGUUGUCCCUGUUAGCUUCAUCAGCAGCUUCUCAGAAAUACCUGGACAAAUCUUGGGGUCAUGAGGUCAAUGAUAUUCUUCGUGCAUCACUCACUUCUCAUGUACCAGAAAAUAAGAAGAAAGUCGAUCAACCCACGACUAGCAGCAAGUCAUUCAUGGAACAGUUUCAGAACUUUGCUUCAACUAUGAUACAAAGACAACUCUCAGAGGAAGCAUCCAAAUCUCAGGAAGUUAGUCCCAAAAAGAAGGAUUUAACAUUAGAGACAAAGUCUUACACUCAGCAACAGUUACUGAACAAGCUGCAGUCUGUUGCUGCCCAUCAGGCUAAACCAGAUACUCCUUCUUAUUCACAUCUCCCUGUGGUUAAACCAGAGGUAAAAUCAUAUGCCCCUCCAGCACAUCAGAACAAGCCUCAAACAGGCUUAUCAACACAGCCUCCUUCUACAAAACGGCCAUCUAUAAGUGAUGAAGUAUAUAGGAAGUUUUUGAUGGAGAGUGGAGUUCAGCUACCUCCUGCACACACUAACAAGCCAAACUCUCCAAGCAUUACCCAUGGUGCUAGUGGUCCUAUUAGAGUGUCGACCUCAGAACCAAAAAGUGAUAAAACAAAAACAAUAGUGAUGUACCCCUCAGCCUCAUCCACUAGUCGACCAGCUCAGUCCAUAUACAAUACCCAGAGUGCACCGCGAAUUGUUCAGACUGCAGCAGGUACUCCAACAGGACAGGGAACCUCUCAAGUUAAAGUGUCCCCUGUAUCAAGGACAUCUCCUAUGCAAAUUCAAAGGCCAGUAGCCCAAAGUUCAAUGUCUCCAAGUAAUCAAGUUCCCAAAAUGGACACUAAAACUGCAGAACUCAUCCAACAAAUGAUCUUCUCUGAAGUAUCUAAGUCUGCUUCAUCACAUUCCCAAGUGAAUCAGAUCUCGCCCUCCAGUUAUCUAGGAAAACCUGUGUCCCCCUCCUCCUUGUACAAAUCCACACCUCAGCCACGAGUGUCCCCACAGAACUGGAACGUUUCAUCCAUUACUGCUAAGCACAAGCCCAAUGUUGGAGGAAUAGUCAGUUCCUCACUGUCUAAUCACAACCCCACCCCGGGAUACCAGGCUCUAAAGCUGUCUAGCUUUCCCAGGGAUCCAGGAGCCUCCACCAGCAUACCUCCACUCCCAGUCGUCUCGCCUAGUGGCAUGUAUCCUCCAACCAGCCCUUUGUUACCAGGGAUGCCAAAUCCUCUUCUUCAGGGGAGACAACCUCAGUCAGGGAUGUAUCCCCCCUAUACUACCAGUUCUCUUCUGCACCAUACACAUCCCUACAACAGCAGCCAAUACUCAGACAAAUCUAAGUCACCACAUGGAUAUUAAUGGAAGAAAAGUUCAGCCAUGAUACAGCACAAAAUCCUCUGGCACAGUUCAAAGAAAUCUGUACAGUUUAUAUUGUAUUGUUUGUGAAUACAUUUAACCUUUCAGAAGUCUACAUAUUAAUGACUUUUUGAAAUGUUGGUUCUCUGGGUAUUGUAAAAUUGGGAUUAGCCAAAUAGGAUUAGACUAAUCUUUUAGGGAAACGUAUUUGCUGUGUGUAAUUGAUCUCAAAUUUAAUAUGUAAUCAGUGAUCUUGCUCUGAUACAGGAUCAUGUAAAUGAGCUAGGUAUGUUUUUCCCUGUCAGCAAGACAUGUCUACAAACGUUGUAGUUUGUACUGCUGCACACCUACAAACAUGUGUGAUUUUCAGAACAAGAUGUACCUCAUUAGAAUGACAAGCUAAUUAUCUGUUCUAAAGAUUUACUCUGAUUAAAAAAGUAUUGCACUCUUCUUACAUUGCAUAACAUAAAAAACCAAUCCAUAUAUGAUGAUUCAGAGUGUUUUCUCCAGCUCUGUUGAUUUUUAAUGCUGUAUUUAUUGUAUUGGGUAGUUUUGUCUACAAAUGUUAAACUUCCAUUAACUUUACAGUGUUGUAUAUUUUUAAACAUUUAGUUCAGAUAGACAGCCUUGUCCUUCAAAGUAUGAAGGUUGUUCAAAAAUGCACUUUCAGAAUCUAUGUUUUUUUCUUUCUCUAAUUAGUCAAAAAUUAAUUGUUUCAUUGUAGAUGAAAUGUUAUAUGCUGAAUGAAAAUAUUCUUUAUGAAUUGGUUGACAGUGUAGUGAUACAGAUUCUGUGAAUACCUCCCUUUUUAUUGCAAAGUAUAUUACUUGUUCUAUUUUGAGAAUUGAAUUAAAUUACUUUUCCUACAUUUGAAAUGAAUGUAGAAGGAAAAGUAGUUUUAAGAAUAAAAUAAUUUAUGUACAUAUUGAAAUUUAUUUUUACAUUCAAAUAUUGUUUCCUCCACAUGAAAAACAAACAUUUCAUACCAUGGACAGCAUUUUAGAGCUCAAGCUCUAACUGAUUAUCUGAUGGUGUUUCGUUGUCAUUUCUACAUGGAACCAGAGAAUUCGAUUACAAAAUGAGGCACAAUCAUUUCUUCAUACAGUUUUUGGACCGAAUAAAAAAGUUAGUGGCAGUCAUACUUUCUUAUGUAAAGGGAGUGAAUAUUUUGAGAUUAUUUAUAAAUAUGUAAUUCAUAACAAACUGAAAUGAUAGGGUCUGGGUGAUCUCCAGACACUAAUAGUCGCAUGCUCUUGUUCAAAUUUUUAUUCCGAUAUGAAUUUUCUGCCAUGUUUGUCAGUGAUUGUAGGUAUGUGAUUUCACAUCUAGCCUUUGGGCUGACUGCAGUAUGUUAUUGUUAUGUAAUACAAUUUAAGCAGCA